AUGAUUAAGUAAUUUAUAGAUAUCAAAAUAAUCAAUUAGAAUAAAUACAAUAAAAUAAAUAUUAUGUAUUCUAAAUAAGCAACAAUCUCAAAAUCUUAGAACUUAAAAUCGAAGCUCUCUAUUAAAGAUACUAUGUCGAAUUCUCAUUAAAUUCAUAGUCAACCCUAAUCUUCGAAGGGUUAAGACAAUCAUAAAUAAGAAGUACAUUUGUUUUAAUUUAGAAUAAAUAAGAUUGUAAUUAGAUGAAGAAGAAACUAUUCAACAUUUUGGGUAAGAACAGUGAAUCACAUAAAUUAUUUAAAGUUUCACCUACUAAUUCACUUAAGUAAUAAUAUUUCGUAUCUGCAUCUCUCUAACAAAAAUACAAAGGAUCUAUGUUAAAAUAAAAUCAUACAACUGAAAAUAAUGAUUCUCUUAAAACUAUCAAGUGCAAUCCUGUGAAGUUACUUAAAUCCAAUAAACAUCGGGACAGUAAUAAAUAUUGCGAAUUCAUUUCAAAUAACAAUUUUGACAUGUAAAAACAAUUUGGAAGUUUUGUGAGAUCUAUUGAUCAAAUUUAAGCUGAUUAAUUACCUAUGUAAAAUACUGAAAGAAGUACUUUAAUUGCACUUUUCGAAAAACUUAAUGAAAAGGAUUCAAAGUAAUUUAAACCUAAAAGAUAAACACUUUAACAUUCAGAAUCUUAUUCAUAAAAGUAAUCAAUAUAAGCUGAAUUUGUUGAUUUAAGAUUAAAAUAAAGAAACAAAUGCAAUUUUUCUAAUAAUUCAUCAGGAUAAUUAGUCAAUCCAAAUUCAACAACAACAUAAAUACAUUAGAAUCCAUUAAUAUCUAUUGAAUCAAAAAUUAAAAUAGAUGAAAAUUUAUAAACAAUUGUCGAUAAAACAAAAUAAAUAUUAUUAAAAUAUUAAGCAAAAUUGAAACAAAAUGAUUAUGAAAAGGAUGCAUUAAUUUAAGAAAUUUAAUAUUGGAAAUCUAAAUACUUAAAAUGCAAACAACAAUAAUUUUGA